GGGAGGAAGUUUAUUGCACUGAAAGCAGCAGCCGGGGGGCAUCCUGUAGACAAUAAAUCUGGGAAUUUUUGUUUUCUUGCAGAAUAAACUGCAGUAUGGGACAUGUUUUAAAUCUCACUGUCGCGCUCACACAGGGAAUAGUGACUGGAUCUGAAGAUUAUGCAAUCUCGGUAUUACUUCCUUAUGAAGCUCGGGCAAGGCGUGGACUAGUCAAAUGAGUGUUUUCGAAAAACGAGGACAGCUGAACAAUCUCGUACAGAUCAGAUUGUCCCAAAUAGAGAUUUUUUUGUUCUUAACGUUACCGGGCGAGAAACAGGCUGAUAUUACAUUUUAUAUGGGCUAUUACUGAAACUCGUACAUCCAAGACCAAGUCCAUACGUACAGAUUUUGUCUCACGGGUUCUCCUAGGUGCUCUUCAGAUCCCUGGUGAUGAUCAAGAUAAUUUGAGGAACAGUGACUGUUGUUUCCUUAGGCUGCACAAAGGGACAGCAGACACAGAGAUGCUAUUUGGGGCUUGGACAUUCUUAGCAUGUGUCUGGCUACAGAUUCAUGUGACCACGAAUGCUGAAACCUGUCCUGUAGACGAAAGAAAGGCUGUUGAUUUUACCGUUUCAUAUUCGUCACGUUAUUUCGAAACGUCAAAACCCAUCCAGAACAUAGCAGUGUACCAAGAAUUCUCCGAGGUAUAUAUAGCCUCACAGAAUGUGAUCGAGGCUCUGGACAACAGUCUCAAGAAGAUCUGGGAGUUACGCACCGGCCCUGUUGGCAAUCCCGAGUGUCAGACCUGCCAUUGUGGUAUUGGGGAUGAUCCGAACGCGUCAUUGAACACAGAUAAUCAAGUUCUACUUUUGGACUCGAAACCUUUUUUGCUGUUCCUGUACAUUUGCGGGAGCAACCAGUAUGGGAGCUGUGCCUUUGUUGAACUUGAAAAAAGUGCCAAACCAUCUACAGCCAUAUGCCUUUUCAAUAAAAAAGAGAACUCAGACACACUUUGUCCUGAUUGCAUUGCUAGUCCUCUAGGCACGAAAGUCAGCAUUGUAGAAGAAGGCCAGACGUCUUUCUUCUUUGUGGCUGCCACCAUCAACAGCACGAUUGCAGGAGAUUAUGGCAGACGUUCUAUCUCAAUGCGACGUCUGCUUGCAACAGAAGAUGGAUUCCAUGCCGACGUCAAGGGCCUGACAGUACUUCCUAUGUUCCAGGAUUCCUAUCCUAUCGACUACAUUUAUACCUUCACCACUCAGCACUAUACCUAUUUUUUGUCUGUCCAGAGGGAGAACCCCUACGCCAAAAACUCUGAUUUGCAGACUCAUCUGGGGCAGCUGCCAAAUAGGGAUAGCGAGGCGUGGAUGUAUCGCGAAGUCAACUUAGAGUGCCACUUCAGGCCUAAACGGAAGCGGAGGAGUACUGAGAACAUUGUGUACAAUGCAGCGCAAGCAGCUCAUUUCAGCAUAGCAGAGAAGGACCUGGCCAAUGAACUAGGCAUGACGGAUGAGAACGAGAAUGGCGUCUUGUACAUCGUAUUUGCUAUUACCGAUAAAAAUGGAAAUCCUACUAGAAAGUCUGCUCUUUGCGCAUUUCCCAUAGUGAAUGUCAACACAUUAAUCACACAAGGUAUGGAUGCAUGCUGCAGCAGUAGAUCUGGACAACUUUCCCGGGGUUUGGAUCACUUCCAGCCGAGUACUAGCUGUCCUCAUGAGGGAGAGAGCAGACAGCAAUGUGAAGCCAUGCCCACCAUGGUGGCAACUCCUCACUCUAGAACAGACUUCUUCAGUGGGCAGAUGACAGAAUUACUCACAUCCAUUUUGAUUACCACUAUUGGUUCUGACACUAUAGCGCACAUUGGGACUGAUCGCGGUAGACUGCUGCAGGUCAUUCUAACUAAGUCAAACCCUAUCGUGUUUGCCAACUACUCUCUUGUUGAAGAGGAAAAAGUGUCCCGAAUUGCUGCUGUGCAGUCUAAUGAGUCUUUGCUCUUCGCGGUUGGAAACAAGAUGGUGACUGUGUCUCCUAAAGGACCAGGCUGCAAACAUCUGUUAACUUGUACAGAGUGUAUGCAGGCCCCUCGCUUUAUGGACUGUGGAUGGUGUGAUGGAAGGUGUUUAAGAUUUUCUGAGUGCCAGGGCCAGUGGACUGACAACACUUGUCCUCCAGUUAUCACCGAGGUUUUUCCAAACACUGCACCACCUGAUGGUGAAACAGAGAUUACACUGUGUGGCUGGGAUUUACAAUCUCCCAUGAAGCCUGCCAUCACUGCAUCUACUCACCAAGUCAGUGUGGGACAGACCAGCUGCUCCAUAAUACCAAGCAAAAGUAAAAGCACAGAGCUUGUAUGCCAGAUGCUUGCUCAGUCUCCCGAUGUGACGCAAGCCGCAGAGAUUACCGUUAAUGUGAAUGAGGAGAGAACAGCGCGUGGUUUCUCCAUUUCUGGACAAGCACGCUUGCAAGGUUUCAGCUUUGUGAAACCAGUUCUCAUGGAUAUCAGUCCCAACUUCGGGCCCAAGAUUGGAGGCACAAGGAUUACACUGUCAGGGAAACACCUGGAUGCUGGACAGACAAGAACAGUUCGAAUAGGAGAUAAGAACUGCCCUGUUGAAAGCACUUCUAACAAUGGGACCUGGUCCUCUGUAGUCUGCAUGUCCGAGGGGGUGGAUAAUCUGACAGAGGUGAAUGUGACACUUCUAAUUGACAAAUCAGUUAUAUCUGAAUCUAAACAAUUCAGCUACAGAGAGAAUCCUACAGUGAAAGAGCUGAAGCCUAACUGCAGCUUUAGCAGAGGUUCCAGAAUCAUCAUACUGGGGGAAAAUCUGGACACCGUGUCCCAGACUACAAUUCAUUACAAUCCCAAGAACUCGAAUCCUGUCCAAAGUGUGUGCGGGGGUUCUGUGAGUCCAACGCAGAUGGAAUGUGUGACACCAGCAUGUGAGGAUUCAGAUGGUGUCCUCUCAGUGGACAUGGAUGGAGCUAAAAAUAUUAUCUCAUUGCCUUUUCAAUGCUACCCCAAUGGCAAGCCAAUUCCCUUUGAACAUGAUGACCACAUGCUUCUGCUCGAACCAGGAAUGGACAGAGUCUCACUUCAUCAUGAGAGACUGAGCUUGGUGAGCCAUUGCAUGGACAUCAUCAUGACUAUAAAUGGUGUGAACUGCAACGCUCAGGUCCGGGAAAAUGAAAUCUUCUGCAGAAUCCCUAAAAGUGUUGUGAUCCCCAAAGAGGGGGCACCAGUCAUGGUGUCACUGAACGGGGAGAUAUUUGAUGUUGGCCGAGUGGCAUAUUCCCAAGACAUCCUCCCUGUUGCCAUUGUGUUAGGGAUUUUUGCAGCAAUAGCAGUAGGGGCUGCUUUAGCAUUCGCAGUAAUGACCCAUCUGCGCAAAAGGAAAAAAGUUGUUGAGGCAGAGCUACGCUUGUCGAUGUUUUCCACCCGCAAUGGGGAAGUGUCACCUAUGGGAGACUACAGACGAGAUUUGUCCAUUAAUAACUCUCGUGGAUCGGGCAUGGCAUUCUCCGGAUUGAUGUACGCCAGUGGUGUAGAUCCUGCCGCUCUUCCUCUUGUGUCACCACAGACCAUUUGCUUGUCGGCCUUGCGGCCUGAACUGCUGGAGGAGGUAAAGGAUGUGCUGAUUCCUCCUGAGCAGCUCAGUACCCAGCGGGACGACAUUAUUGGCAAAGGUCAUUUUGGAACAGUUUAUCACGGCUACCUUAAAGACUGUGAGAAUCAUGAAAUUCACUGUGCAGUGAAGUCAUUAAACAGAAUUACAGAUGUGGAAGAGGUGGAGCUCUUCUUAAAAGAGGGCAUCCUGAUGAAAGCCUUUCACCACCCUCAUGUGCUGUCACUGCUGGGAAUCCUGUUACCUGCUGAAGGCCUUCCUCUUGUGGUUCUGCCAUACAUGAAACAUGGAGAUCUCCGGCACUUUAUCCGCUCUAAAGAAAGGAAUCCUACUGUAAAGGACCUGAUUGGUUUUGGGCUUCAGGUUGCUAAGGGAAUGGAAUAUUUAGCACAAAAGAAGUUUGUGCACAGAGACCUGGCAGCACGCAACUGCAUGCUGGAUGAAACAUUUACCGUCAAGGUGGCUGACUUUGGCAUGGCACGGGACAUCUUAGAUAAAGAGUAUUACAGUAUUCAAGACCACAAACGAGCCAAGCUACCUAUCAAAUGGAUGGCCAUCGAGAGUUUACAGACUCAAAAAUUUACCACCAAAUCUGAUGUGUGGUCAUUUGGUGUACUAAUGUGGGAGAUGCUGACCAGAGGAGCGAGUCCAUAUCCUGAUGUUGACCCUUAUGAUAUAACAUCGUAUCUGUUACAGGGACGGCGACUAGCACAGCCUCAGUACUGCCUCGACUCUCUGUGGUGUAUCCUAUUGCAGUGCUGGAACCCUGAGCCUGAUUUCAGGCCAACCUUCUCUACGCUGGUGAAAAGUUUGCAAGAGAUUCACUCUAUGCUGGAAGGAGAACACUAUGUUAACCUGCAGGUGACUUACGUGAACCUGGAGCAAGGGCGUCCCUACCCCUCUAUUGCUUGGGCUUCCCCAUCACUACCCGAGAGCCACAGCACCGAAACACUGGACCGGCUGGAGAAUAGUGGAGAAACUUAAUCUUCAGCCAUCAUCACUGAGAGGUUUAUUUAAAGACAAUUGCUGAAUGUAUAAAAUGAAAUGUCAUUUGGACAGAGUUUGGAGCACCAAAGUGUGUCAGUUUACAGUAUGCUAUUGUGCCAAUAGUGUUAAAUAACAUUCGUCAUGUUGGGUGAAAUGCCACAGUCUCUUUAGUGGGUGUGGCCAAGGUUUAUAGAACUUGUCACUACGAGUUCUAACUGAUCAUUAGACUUUUAUGGUGCCUUGCUCAUAGACAUGAUGGGCAAAAUGUGGCAAUAGUUGUAAGCAAAUUAUGAGUUUGUACGUACAGAAGAGGUUCAAGAGGAAAAAAAAACACAAAUACAGGAAUUAGAAUAACAAUACUUAGGGAGCUAAUCAUUUUCUUAUGUAAGUCUGAUUUUUUUUUUUUGUUCUUGUUGAAUUUUCAAGAUUUUGAUCUUUUUAAUUUGCUGUUAGUUUCUGACUGCAACUU